CACAACUGACCGAUGUGUAGCUAAACAAAAGGUAAACAAACAAACUACUCGCAGAAGUUUUCAGCGAAAUCGCUUGUUCGUAGCACUUGAGGAAGCGACAAUGAAGGAAAUAUGUUUGGACAUAGACUUACACAAAGUGUGUCGAAUCUGUUUAUCACAAACCAAUAUGAACCAGGCACUGUUCAACAUAUUUGCGGAUGCAAUUGUGGACGGUAGGAUUGUGCCGCUGGUUGAAGUGAUCGAGAGCUGUGUCGGCAUACAGGUGAAAAACUCCCAGGUGCUUCCGAAUAAAAUAUGCCACACGUGCAAAUCUAUCAUUCUUCAGUUUCACGUUUUUAAACAAAAGUGUAGUCGAGCGGAAAGUGUAUUGCGAGAGAUGCUGUUACACCGAACAUCAAUUACUGAGCACUUAGAAGAAGGUGGUUUCCCUGAUAGUGACUAUUUGGAGGAAAGUAAAUCAGUACAUUCACCUUUGGUGGAAUACAUUGAAGAAACCAUCGAGGAGGCGCAGGAGGAGGAGGAAGAGGUUGGUACUGUUUUAAGCAAUGACAGUGAAUCCGUAGCUACCGAUGGGAUGUGGGAAUGUCUCAUCAGCCAAUCUCCGGAAGGGGUUGAAGAUUCGGAUAAAGAUACUACAAUCAUUCAUACAGAGGAAUAUUUGUCCGAUAUGGGAGACGGAAAUUUUGUGUCCGCGUUGGAAAUGGCACCCAGCGUCGAACGAGCGGUGGCCAAACAUGAACCAACAGCAUUGGAUGAUUUAAAAUCAGUGCAAAGCAAUCGUCAUGUAUGCGACAUAUGCGGAAAGAUAGCCCUCUCAAAAUCACGCCUGGCAAAACACAUGCAGCUUCAUAUUGAUUCUAAAAUAGUGCUCGAUCAUAUGAACUUUUUCAUUUGCACCUUCUGCCGAUAUGUGUUUCUGCGAGAACAAGAUUUGAGUGACCACAGCGUGCAGUGUUCCGGAUGCCUAAACUUUCCGGUUGUUGGGAAUGAGCCGUGCCGUGUUCGUGAUAAUGUAGAACCUGCCAAGCGCAUUGUGGGAGGUAGUGGCGUCUGCGGAAUCUGUGACGCAGGGUAUGAUGAUCUGUUGCACGUGAAACAGCAUAUCAUUAGUCAUUUGGAAAAGUUUCCAUGCCCGUUGGAGGGUUGUGGGUGCGAGUACUCCUCACUGGCACGGUUGACCAUACAUAUCAGCAAUCAGCAUGUCGAUUAUCUUUCGCCAAACUGUCCCCACUGUAAGGAGGAAAUCGAUCGAGUCGAUUUAAGGCAACAUGUAAGACUCUACUGCAAAGCGAAACAGUUUGAGUGUACACAUUGUGAUAAAAAGUUUCUCUCUUGGAAAGCAUUAUCACAACAUCUGAAAAAAUUAGACCAAAAGUUUCACUGUUCGCAAUGUGAUAAAUCAUUUUCAUCGCAAGCCUCGUUGAAACUACAUGAACGUACACACAGUGGAGAACGACCGUACGUAUGCACGAUUUGCAACAAGUCGUAUAAAACAUCCAGCUUGCGAACAGCGCACAUGGAUACACACAUCGAAGGGAAAACGUUCAAAUGCGAAAUGUGCGGUAAAAGUCUCCAGACGCGUGCCUGCUACAGGAACCACGUGAAACGACAUUUGGAACAACGCAAUCAUGAAUGUCCCGUGUGUGGAAAGAAAUUCUUCCAAAAAUGUACACUUCGUGUGCAUCUGAAAAUGGUGCACCGAUUGUCGGGCGAUAUGUUGGAUGUGUAAUAAUUUUUUUUUUGUAACGCUAAACUAAACGCAUCAUUUAUUUAGCUACGAUGGCUUCAUGGCUUUCUUCUGUGCUCCGAAUUGUUCAGUCAAACAGAACUGUUAAUCAUAUUAUAAGGAAUUUUAUCCAUUCUAAAUAGUUACGUGUUACGUUCGUAAGUGUUACGCAAAUCUUUAUUUUUUAACGAAUUUUCACGAGAAAUGAUGCUUAUGUGGUGUCGAUGUGAGUGUUGGUACUGUAAUUGCUAGCCUUUCCCGUCGCUCAGUUUUUGACCAGAAUGAUCCCUUUUUAAGAGCCUGUGCUUUAUUUAAUUGAGUGCAUAAGAUGUUUAGUUAUCAAGUUCCAUUGUCCCAUUGUAGUUCCCGCCUUUCCGAAUUCUUGUACCUAACUACUUUUUCCCAUCUUUUUUUCCUUUCCCAGCUGUUAAAUAUUAUACAUGGUAAAACCCUGCGUGGUAGAUAAUACAAAAAAAAAACUUAAUAUUUUAUACUAAAUAUUUAAUAUAAUAUUUUGAAAACAAAA